AUGGCAUCUGACAUGAUCAGACAACAGUUAAAGAAAAUAAGUAUCUGUCUCACGGCUUUUAAUAAAAACCCUAAGGAAGGGGACGGAAAUAAAGUGACGACUUGGAUCACAUCGGGAGAGAAGGUGUUCGAGGAGUUGUUCCGUCUAGGAGUCGCUUGUCGCUGGCAGUACGACACCUUGAAGAACUUGACUGAUACACGAGACGUCAUAGCGGGAGUGACCGCGGACAGAGACUGGCUACAGACCUUCAUCGGCGUUUACCCAGAUAUUAGAAUUGACUUAGAGUUGAAUCAGCCCGCCGGCGUCAUUUGUAGAACGCGAUCUGGAAUAGAAGUGCUUCUGAGAGGCUUCACUAACAUCGAUACGAACUUUGAUAGAACAUUGAAAGACCUCGAAGAAUUUGGAGAACUCGAUGAAUUAGAUCGCUGUUUGAAAAUUUGGAGAGACACGGGACAUCGGCCUGACUAUUUAGUUGGAGACGAUAAGUCUGGCGCACCUCAGAGUCAUUGGUGGUGGUACUGA